AGGGAGGAGUCUGCCAGUAAACCAAACAUCUCUCCACACCCUGCAGUAUAGGAAGUUCUUCUGCAUUCCUUCCUUAUUCACACAUACUCACACACACACACACACACACACCAUUAGAUAUCUGAAAGGAACAACUAACUGAAGCUGGUUUAACCAUGCGUAGGACAAGUGGUGAUGAAGGUAGCAGCGGCAGCAGAAGCGAAACAGCAAAACAGCAAGAGGAUAAGACCCAAACAUUGAAUGUUCCUAGCAAAUUGAGUGCUAGUUCUGUUGGACCAGGCUGGACUAAAGCAAGUUGCCCCUGCUGUACAUCCAAGAAGGUGGAGCCACUGGUUUUGGUGAAGCUUGGAGAGAAUGUUCGCCCUGAGACAAAAAGGUGGCUCAUCAGACUGAUAGGAGCUCCUCAGAAAGAUGGGGGUGCUGCAUUGCUAGCCCACCCAGGUGAGGAUGCCAGUGGCGACAUCAUUAUGGUUUCUGCCCCAUGCUGUACAUUGCUUAAAGCCACUGAGGAGUUAGGACUUUGUAGGAUUUACCAGGAUGAUAACAUGGAAGCCUUCUCCUACAAGAACAGACACAACUUCAAAAAUUCAGACGACAUGGAGAUUUUCCUGACCCUUGCAGAGCGACAGUACAUAGUGAAAUAUGAGCUGGAUGGGCUCUGGGCACAGAGAGACCUGAGAAUACCCGGCCUGCCUGACAGCUACACACUACAACACAGAGAUAACAUAUGGAGGAAACUUGGGUCAGCAGGUGUUAUUGAGGACAUGUUUCCCCUCCACAACCAAGACAAACUGAGGGAUCUCAGUGAAGCCUGGUACUCAGGGAAUCAGCUGUCUCAGCCACUGGAUUCAAUAAAUGAGUAUUUUGGAAGCUCAGUGGCUUUGUACUUCAGUUUUCUUGAUUGCUACACCUGGUCUCUGCUUCCACCAGCAAUGCUUGGCCUGUUGAUAACAUACUUUUCAGGGGACGUUCAGAAUGACAUGUUGGAGUCAAUCUCGAGUUCAGGGGUAAAACUUCGUGGAGAUUACUUGGGACCAGCGGGCUACAGUCACGUGAUCCAGGCUGUGUUCAGCAUGCUCUGGUCUACAGUGGUUAUGGAGUUGUGGAAGCGACGGAGCUCUUCCUCUUCCUACCGCUGGGGGACCAGUCAACUAGCAGAACACUUUGCAGAGCCCAGGCCUGGUUACCAUGGCGUACUUGGGGUCAACCCUGUGACAAGUCGUGUGGAACCACUCUUUCCUGAAUGGCGGAACUUACGUAUCGCACUAGUGUCAAUCCCAGUGGUGGGGCUGUUUCUAGUGCUGGUGGUACUGGGUAUGCUUUGUUUCUACUGGGGGGAGGCCAAGAUGCAAAAGUUACAUAAAGAUUGGGACUCCCUGCUGUCUCAAACUUUUCUCUACAUGCCCUCAGUGGUUCACAUCGUCUUUACAAAUGUUCUCGCAACCAUUUACAAGAAGGUGGCACUGUCUCUGACUGAAUAUGAGAACCACAGAGAGGAAUCUGCCUUUGAGAAUCAUCUGACAGCCAAAGUCUUGGUGUUCACCUUCUUCAACUACUUUGCAGUACUCUUCCACAUUGCAUUCUUCAAGCAGGAUAUACCAAUGCUCUGUAAGCGUCUAGGAUCUUUGCUGAUAGUGAGCCAGCUGGUGAACCAGGUGACAGAGGUGGUCAUACCUUUACUGGUGGAUAAGUUCAUCAGUGUCACUCACAGGACAGACAGUGAAGACGAACCACAGGAAGAUAAAUUUAGGAAGCAAGGCACCAUGCCUGUUUUUCCUGGCCUGUUUGCAGAGUACAUCGAGCUCCUGGUGCAGUUUGGGUAUUUGAGUUUUUUCUCCUGCGUGUAUCCUCUGACAGCAGUGCUAUUGCUCAUCAACAACUUGACAGAGAUCCGAGCUGAUGCCUACAAAAUCUGCAAACUCUUUCGAAAACCCUUCUCCCAACCUGUGACUAACUUGGGCGUGUGGCAGACUGCUUUUGAGGUCCUGAGUUUUGUCUCUGUCAUGUCAAACUGCUGGCUACUGCUGCUGUCACCACAGUUACAAAAGCUGUUUCUGGAGGGUGGAAUUAGCAGCACAAAAACUAUACUGUUAGCUGUCUUGGUUGAGCAUGUGCUGAUCUUGGUUAAGUUGGUUUUGGCAGUUCUGAUCCCUGAUGAACCAGACUGGAUCAAAAAAAAGAGAGAGCACACUGAGUACACAUCCAUGCAGGCCUUGAGACAGCAGAAGCUGAUUGCUGAGGAGUCCUGAUGAGUUUCAAAGGAGUGGUGGUGCUGUUACAUGUAGUGCUGUGUUGAGCUACUACAAACAGAAGAUACAGUUUCAUGUGGACCAAGGAAAGUCUUGGGUCUCCAGCAGAGCCCACAAUGCAAACCAAUAUGCUACUUAAGUUUCCUGUAUGCUUUUGUGUCUCUGUUUUCCCUAACAAUUUGCUUCUGCAAGGUACUGAAGUGUCUGAUGUAACCAGGACAGAGGUAAUAUAAGUUUACAAUGGGCGCAUCAGGAGUAUCUGAAGGAGAUUUAGGAGCCCUCUCAGUGGAAUGUGUACAAUGGGGCCCCUGUAUCCAGAGAGUUGCCCAGGGACUUCUGGACAAGAGAUUGUAUCUGUGACCUGUGUUGUCCUUUGAGUUUAUGAC